AGGUAGGGGCCAGGUUCCUCCCAGAAAGGCUCCACCCUUCCCCAGCUCUUGGAUACAGGGCGAGAUUUCCCAGAGCCCCGCCCCAGGAGGUGGGGGCAGGAGGCUCAGGACAGAGGGACCCAGACGUCGACCUGCUGUGCUUGGGGCAGCAGUCACCGCCACCCAUGGGAAACAGCCACUGCGUCCCUCAGCCGCCUCGGAGGCUCCGGGCCUCCCUCUCCAGAAAGCCCUCGCUGAAGAGAAAUAGAGAGGAUGGUGCGAGGAAGCUGGCUGGUCUGUUUGGCACCGAGGCGGGUCCCGACGGGGACACCACUGCCGACAAGAUCUUCUACUACAUCCCUGGGACGGACAUUCAGAGCCUGGAGAGCCAGCGAGAAAACCUGGAGCAGCCGUUCCUGAGCGUGUUCAAGAAGGGGCGGCGGAGGGUGCCCGUGCGGACCCUGGGCAAGGUCGUGCACUACGCCAAGGUCCAGCUGCGGUUUCAGCACAGCCAGGACACCAGCGACUGCUACCUGGAGCUGUUCCCGUCACACCUCUAUUUCCAGGCCCAUGGUUCCAAAGGACUCACUUUCCAGGGGCUGUUACCACUGAUGGAGUUGAGUGUCUGCCCGCUAGAGGGGUCCAGAGAGCAUGCCUUCCAGAUCACAGGCCCGCUGCCCGCCCCACUCCUGGUGCUCUGCCCCAGCCAGGCCGAGCUGGGCCGCUGGCUCUACCACCUCGAGAAGCAGAUGGCGCUUGUGGGAGGGCUGCGGCGCUGCCACUCGGCGCCCCCACAGGGCCCCCCCGAGGACGAGCUUCCCUGGACUCUGCAGCACAGGCUGACCCAGCUGCGGACGGCAUCUGGGCGCCAAGUGGCCGGCAGGGCCAUCUGCGCAUCGAGGGUCAAGCUGCAGCAUCUGCCCUCACAGGAGCAAUGGGACCGGCUGCUUGUCCUGUACCCGACUUCCCUGGUCAUUUUCUCUGAGGAAGCAGAUGGGCUUUCCUUUAAGGGGGAACUCCCGCUCAGCGCUGUCCACAUCAACCUGGAGGAGAAAGAGAAACAGAUCCGCUCUUUCCUGAUCGAAGGCCGCCUCAUCAACACCAUCCGUGUGCUGUGUGCCAGCUACGAGGACUACAGCCACUGGUUGCUCUGCCUGCAGACCGUCUCCCGCCGGGAGGGGGCCCCCCCACUGCCUGGCCCUGAGGGCUUCCUGGGGUUGCGCAUGCCCACGCAGGUCGUGGGUGGCGGCCGAGGCUCUCUCUCUUCAGAUGGACGGACCAGCUGGGACUCAGGGUGCCCCGCACCCCCCUCCAGCCACACCAGCCACUCCCUCCCUGAGUACUCAGCGCCAUCCACCACAGGCUGCCCUGCCCAGCCUGCACCAGACCAGACCAAUCCUGGCUGCACCGGCAGCAGCGGACAGAGGGCAGAGCUGAGACGAGGUGGCAGCAACCGGUCACCCAGGAGCAAGGUUCGAGGUGAGAGGCCCCGCCCAGCUACCCCGCUGCACCUGGACCUGACCAAGCUGAGCAGGGGGGGCCUGGAGGGCAGCCCUGAGGCCCCAGACCCCUCUCUGGAGUCACCACACUCCCCACUCUACGUUGAUCCCUACACACCACCUGCCACCUCCCACCACAAGAUCACAGACGUCCGGGACCUGGAUGAGUUCCUCAGUGUGAUGCAGAGCUCGCCUGUCCCGGAGCCCUCGGGCCCAUUCUCCUCAGUCCCCGUGUCUGUGCCUGUCCCGGAGCCCAGCUCUGGACUCUCCCAGAAGGGGCCCCUGCAGUCCCAAGCCUCUCAGCGGCACCGAGGCUCCAUCAAGGGCCGGGGGUCCCAGCCCCCAGACCCCCCUGAGCUUGCCUCCUGGGCGAGGGAACUUUUGCCUGGCCCCCUGCUGCCUCCCCCAGACGGCCAUCCCCCCAGGAGCUAUGACAACAUCUGGGACAAGGCUCCUUCUCCCUCCCACCAGCGAUGGCCCCGAGGGGCGCCCGAGGCUGAGGAGGGGCUCAUCCAGUGGAUCUGAUGGCCCUGGGGCAGGCUGCUUCUCAGGACCAUCUGCCAGUGUCAACCUGGAGGGGGUCUGCAGCAGG